ACAUUGCCAUUCUUCUUUCCCUUGCAACCUUUUCAGCCCUUUCUUCCUUAUUUUUAUACUCUUAUCAUGGCUUCCAUGUCUUCCCAUGGCUCUGCUUCAUGGACUGCAAAGCAAAACAAAGCCUUUGAGGAGGCUUUGGCACGGUAUGACCGAGACAUGCCUGACCGAUGGCUCAAUGUUGCAAGAGCUGUCGGUGGCAAAACUGAAGAGGAGGUCAAAAGGCACUACCAACUUCUUGUGGAGGAUGUCAAGUUCAUUGAGUCGGGCCGUGUUCCCUAUCCGUAUCGGAACUCGGGAGCCAGUAACUAAGGAUGAGAAACAAGAGCUCCAUUGAUCAUGAUCGUGAAGUAAUAGAAGAAUAAAAGGAUUGGAGGAAGAACCAUUUGCUGAUUUGAUUAAGAGUUAUAAUAUCUAUAUUUCAUUUGAUAUUCGUGUUAAAGCAUGAAGUUAGUUUAUUAAUUCUAUCAACUUUCAAUUUUGAGGGUAAAAAAUCGUAAGAAUUAUUCGUUUCUUUUAGAUGGAUAAUGAAUAUUUACGUUAUUUUGCAAUGAAAUCUACUUUCAAUCAAA